AUGGGCAGCGUGGAACUCGUCGGCGCAGCUCGGGUUCCUGUGGCAAAGAUCCGGAACUCCGAAGGAGACGACCUGUGUGAUGUGUCGAUCAACAACGUCGCAGCGCUUGAGAACUCCAGAUUUGUGGCUGCGAUGUCGAGCUUAGACUCGCGAGUGCCUAGCUUGGGACGUUUCAUCAAGCACUGGGCUUCCCAGCGGCGGAUUAACAACCGCUCCGAGGGGACGUUGAGCACCUACACCCUGAUACUGCAGCUCUUCUACUCCCUCCAGGUCCGCGAUCCGCCCGUGCUGCCGCGCGUGGCCUGCAUGCUCUCCCAGGAUGUGAUGGGCGAGAUGAAAGAGAGUGAGGACUCGAACUCCGAUGUCACGAAGGCAGCACCGAAGGCGGUCAACGACCUACUUUCUGCGCCAGAGAUGGACGAGGUUUCUGGAGAACUGCGCUCCCUGCCCUUCCUCGCGGAUCCAAAGUUGAUCAAGCAGGACGGCCGGUUCCCAACGCUUCACAGGAAUGAGGAGAGUCUUGGAGACUUGCUGCUGUCCUUCUUCCAGCUUUGGGGCAAAGAGGAUGUCGAGCUUGUGGCCUCAUGUUUCCUUGUCAUUCCACUUGGCUACGAGCUUGUUCCAGCAACCCGCUGGGGCUCCCAUCACAGGUGGGAGCCUGGUGGCCAGGGCAAGGUCUUCGAGGCGCGAUCCGAGGCCCCAGAGCCCAGCAAAGCUGGGAGCUUCUGCUUCUUUUCGAGUGAUUGGGCGGACAUGCAGCUGCCGACGACGCACCGAUUCCCGAUCGACAAGUAUCGGAUGACGAGGGAGCUGCUGGAGGAGGCCGGCACUCCAGUGCUCGCAGGUCCUUUGGCCACUUUUGAGGAGGCUUCUUUGGCCCACUCGGAAGCGUACGUUCGGAGCAUCUUCUUGGGCGAGGCCACGGAUCAGAUGCGGCGACGUGUCGGCUUCAGGGAAGCCCCGAUGGAGGCCUACGUGCUCCGAACGUUGGCGAGCCUUGGUGCGACUGUGGCUGCUACACGCCACUGCCUCAGCAAUGGAGUUUGGAGUGGCGCCGUGUCUGGAGGCACGCAUCAUGCUUUUGCCGACUCCGGCGAGGGGUUCUGUGUAUUCAACGAUAUUGCUGUGGCGGCCCGCCUCGCUCAGCGCGAGUUUCAAGUGACAUCAGUCCUUGUCAUAGACCUUGAUGUGCAUCAGGGUAACGGAACGGCGGCAAUCUUCCACGACGAUCCUUCCGUGUACACGGUGUCUGUGCAUCAGAAGAAAGGCUACCCCUUUUCGACGCGCUGUGCCUCCGACCUGGAGAUAGACCUGCCUGACGGCUGCGACGACGAGGAGUUUCUUCAAGCUCUGAUGCCACUCCGGGACCUCGUCGCUCAGAAAGGAGGGAGCCAUAGCCUCCUCAUCUACCAGGCCGGCGUGGACGGCCUGCAAGGGGAUCGCUUCGGACGCUGGGCACUCACACGCCGAGGCCUACAAAAGCGGAACGCUUUCCUCUACUCCCUGGCUUGUGAGUGCCAGGUGCCGCUACUUAUCACAAUGGGAGGCGGAUAUCACAAAGACAUCCGAGAGACUGUGCGUGCCAGUGCUGACGUGUACCUUCAGGCUGCCGAAGCCUGGGAACAGUGCUCGCAAAAGAUCUCAGCGCUUCCGUGUGAUGCAGAGCUUUCUGAACUUGCAACGGCAUUCCCCUUCUGUUCUGAAAGAAAGCGGCUUUUCGACCAAGAAUACCAGGGUCUGAUGUUGAGUCAGUUUUGCAAUGCGGAGUUCCGUGGCGGCGACGAUGGAAACGGGCAGACCGUGUACGUGUAUGAUGCUUCCCAGGAGGUGAACGACCUCGGAGUUCUGGUGAUGAGGUGUCCGCUGACGGGGAAGAAUGUGAAUCCGUUCACGACGAUGGUUUGGCGAGCCAUUCACGCGGAAUUCGCACGCGCAGCGACGCUUCUAGAACAAGGCGACACCGCUCUGCUGCACCUGGAUACGGUGUUUCUGAAAAUCAUCGGGUUCUCUUCGGGGUUCCGUGGACUCCCUACUCUUCGUGUUUGUAUUUCGGUCCCCAAUUUACGUGAUGCAGUUCCUUGUCUUUCCCCAGAAAACGGUUUAACAUGGAAUCGCAGGCUUCCAGUCAAGGGGCUGGGCAUCUAG